UCGCAUUCCAAAUUCCCUCCCUUUUCUAAGGGUUGUCACACUUGUUCGGCAAUAUACAGAAAAAUAAGCAAGCGGCAACAUCGCCAUGUCGGCCCUAAUAAAGACAAUCCGUUGGUACGAAAAUUCAGUGAGCCUGCAGACUUGGCGCUGUUAGGACCUAGCGCUAUCGGGACGGUCGAGUUUUCUUUCUUUUUAUUUAUAACAUUGUGGUAGUUUACGUAAAAGACUAAACGGAAAUAUGUGCGAUUCUCUCUGUAGUGAGACGUGUAAUACCUGCAAAUAUUCGAGAAGGAAAGCGCGGAAAUGCUGCGACGGCGACGACCCCUUUUUGGAAAAAGAAAACUUGCGAACUCUGAGCCCGAUGAAGAGCGACGAUCUAUCGAUGUACGACAGUGCAGUUACGUCCACAGGGCCGCACUGCUUCCACGGCAGACUCCCACGGGCUCUCCAGGAACACGAUUCGAACUCUCGCGACUCUGGAUACGGAAUGAGCUAUGGCGAGAAGUUCAUGUCUUACGCGUCACCAAACAGGACGUCGGCAGCAUCGUUCGGAUCUCUUUCCUCGAUGGAGGACGAAUUUAUCGACUUUACUGACGUUGAGCCUUUGGACAAGCAAAAACUUCCACAUGAUUUCAAUAAACUUAUCACGAAUCCUAUAAUAAACACUCGCGAUGAGGGCAAAUCAUCGCCUAAAGACACGGUCAUCAGACCUUUGUUCAGAAGAGCGAUGUCGUUGCAAACCGAUAUGGAGCUCACUCCAAACAGCACGAGAGCCAGGACAAGUCUCUUCAAAGAUGAAGAAAUGCGAUCUUUCAAACGGCCCGAACCACCAAGUUGCAUAGAAAACAUUACCGGGAUCAAACGGUCCAGGAUCUUCGAUGGCAACGAACAAGAAAACGCAGUGCCACUGAUCAAAGUCCCUAUCCAGAGAGCUUUGUCCACAGAAGAAACGAUAAUGUGCGCCGUUCAGAAAUCUUCAACUGAACCUGAUCUCAUCGGCGAUUUCAGCAAAAAUUUCUGCCUGCCGUUGGUGAGAGGAAAACACCAAGAUCUAAAGUCGAUCUCAUCUCACACGCUAGCAAGACUGAUGAAUGGAGAAUUCAACGAUAUGAUAGCAUCGUUCAAAGUGAUAGACUGCAGAUAUCCUUACGAAUUUGAAGGGGGACAUAUCAAUGGAGCAGUGAAUAUCUACACCAAGGAACAAUGCAUGCAGCUACUACAGGAAACUCAGCUGCCUGCCGCCUCUACCAUGCACCAAAGGCAUAUUCUGGUGUUCCACUGCGAGUUCUCCAGCGAAAGGGGCCCUAAUUUGUACCGCUAUCUACGUAGAGAGGACCGUCAGAAAAACGAAAGCGCUUACCCCGCCCUGCAUUACCCUGAAAUCUACCUCCUAGAGGGCGGUUACAAAAGUUUCUUCGAGCAAUAUUCGACCAUGUGCAUACCGACUGCGUACAAGGCUAUGCUCCAUCCAGACCACGAGGAGGACCUCAAGCAUUUCAGGCAAAAAUCCAGGACGUGGAACUGCGACACGCGGCAACGGCCGCAAUCCCAACCAAAUAAGUUCUUCAAGCGUCUCGGUAUUUGAGCGUACGUAGCUUAGAUACGUUUCAGCUUGGGUCUGCAGCUUGAUAUUUAGAAUCUUAUAAGCCAGGGGGACUGUUUCCUACAAUUUUGGCGACGCUGUUUCUUUUUUUUUUUUAAGGUCUUGUUGGAUCAUUGAUUCCUAAUUCCCUUUUUUUUAUAAACAAUUUUUUAGAGAAUCAAAUUCUUUAUUAUUUUGCUUCUAUAAAUAUUUGUCAUAGAGUCGACAUGUUUCGUUAAAUUUAAGGGUAAUGAUCAUUUUCGCUUAUAAUGGCUGAGCGUAUCACUAACCUCUUUUGUAGAGAAUAAAACCUUCUACAAGAAAGGUGCUUUACGUUUUUCUCGACACUUUGAUGGUUCUUUGAGCAUACUAAGCGAAAGUUAAAAAUUCGUAUGGAAACACCUGGGGAUAACUCCAUAGGUCAUUAUCUAGAACCAAGUGAAUCAGCGAUUAUAAGCAAAAUAUCAUUACACGUACCUUUAUCCUUUAGUUUCUCGUUUUUUUUAUAGAACCAAAUAAUAAAGAAUAUGAUCAUUUAUAAUUUAUAAUUACUUUUUUUACACAGGAUCAAUGCUCCAGGCCUAUCAUGACGCCAUUUUAAACUUAUUUUAACUUAACUGUCGCCAAAGUUGUAGGAAUUCCUUAUACAAAAACUCUUAUUUUUUUUUCGCCUAUUAUCGAAGCACGCUUUUAAGUUUUACUCUUUUCUCGCUGUAAAUACGAGGAUAAUCCCAAGGUCUCGUGGUUUUUCAAGUACAUCAAGCAUUUUUCCAACAAUUGAUACAUCGUUAUGAAGCUUGAAUAUUGAUGCAUAAUCAUAAUCGACAUUCUCCUAGAUUUAUUUUUGUUGAAGCCGUAGCAAUUUUUCCCAAGUGAAGAAGCACUAAACUGCAUCUAUCACUUACCCAAAAUAUCCGAUUAAAAAAAAUUCUAACGUAUUUGGAUCAUCAACCAUAGCAUAGGUUUUGUUUUUCCAACCAGUAAUUACCUAUUUUCUAAAUUUAAAUAACGCUUAUCAAGGAGAUUCAGUCUUGCCGAGGAAGUGAAUGCAUCCUUAAGAACCCGACGGCUUCAUUUAUUAGAAAUAAAUAUUUUUGCAUGUCUUGAAAAAUACGUGACCUUAUUUUUACCCUUUUUAACCAGUUCGACAUCAUGGGAGAUACGAUUUUUAUUAAUUGAAUAUUUUACUAUAAAAUCAAAAGUUAACUACCAUAUUGUGUACGUGUACUGGCCUAAUUUAAAAAAAUGUUGCAAAAAUGCGAAGCUUAUUUCCGGCAACUUACCGUUCGUCAUUAAUCAUGGAAGAUGACUCGUGUGACACUUUUUACAACUUCAUGAUGAUUAUGAAUUUUCUAUACAUAUUUAGUUUAUUAUGCCGUCUGUAUUUUCAUGCCCUCUUUUCACUUAUAUUAUGGAAAUAUAGAUGAUGCAAGGCCAAGCUGAGCAUAUAAUUUAUAGUACAAAGGAGUGACGAUUUUUUGCACCAUAUUGGCGCUGAACAGUCAUUUUACAAUGUAAAUAUUACCUGUACAGUCGAAAUGGCAAAAUAUAAUUUCACAAAAUUAUUCGAAAUGUGCAAAUUUGUCUUACAGCUGCAUACGGGAGAAGUCAGAAUUGGAAGAUUGAUUAAAAAAGACAUAAUUAUUUAGCCUCAACAUUACAGAAAUGUUUCUAUAGAAUCCUAUGCAGAGAUUUUUUGAAUAUUUUGCAAAAAUAAUGUCGUCAAAUAUAUCAGGCACCUCUUUCUAAAUUAUCUCCUAUCAUCCACAAGAUUUAUUUUUGAUCGUAUAUAAAUAAUAUUUGACUUGUGUUGAAAUCAGUCCUACAAAAAAGUGCCGCUAAAUUUUGAGUAGCCUUGUAUAUGGAAAGUGGAAUUUAUUUUGCCAUAGGAUUUAUAUGUCGCUUAUCUGCUCAUUCAUACAAUGAUAGGGCAAACAUUAUAGAAUGCUAAGUCACCAAAGUUAUUUUAACCAAUCCUGACUAUAACUGAGACUAAGUUCUCACUCCAAUAAUUUCAGUUUAUAUAACAUACUUCUUUAAAUGUGCAAUUUUUUACGCAAUAAAAAUGUGAUGCUGCAUUCUACUUUGGUUCAUACACUUUUUCUAAUGUGCCAAUGUAGACGUAGAUGCAAAUAUAUUUAUUUGAGUUUUAAGCUUACAUGAUGUGUCUUAAUUUUUUAGUUUUAAAUAGAUUAUUAUAGAUGUGUUCUUUGGACGGAACUUUUAACUGCGUCUUCAGGAAUAUUUAAAAACUACCAAUAACCAGUUCCAAAUAUCUGCUUUAUCACAUUUUUGAAAAAAGUAUAAAGCGUUUCUACAAAUUCACCUGAAGAUGCAAUUGAAUUUCACAUCCAAAUCCCUUAUAUUUUAUCCCAAGGCAUAAAUAUCUUAAAUGUGAUUUUUGUCGUUUUUUGACAGACUGAGAAAUGCAUUUUAAUUUUUAAUAUUAUCCAGUGGUGAUAUUCACUCUUUUUUUUUGUACAUAAAAUCAUG